AUGCCCCCCAAGCCGUGGCCAAAGACGAUCGCCGGCCUUCCACUAUAUUUGGGUCCCCGCCUUGGCCCUGAGUAUUCUGUUCGUGACCAUUUCCUUGCCCUGGAGAUCUCCAUCACGCAGGCCAUUUCCUGGGGCAACUUCCUUAACAUCGUCUUAGAGCAUCGCGACAUUGAUAUAGCUAGACUGCCCUGGAAAGCAGCUCGGAUCCCGUGCCUGUACCUAUACGACGAUGAGACGGGAAGCCCACGCUUGCCUCAACCUCGACAGCAGACUGACCCCACUCCUGCAAAUCCUGAUCAGACUCAGUACACCACCUUGCGGCCAGGAAUGAGGGUCACAUCAGCGUACAUGCCGGGACGGCCCGAUAUGUUCCGGGCCACGACAACCGGAGUCCUCGUCAAAGACGGUGUUGGGAACGAGUUUAUGACUGUUGCUGCACCUGGGUUUCCUGGCGAAUGUGGCACUGACGUCAACCUCGCUCUCCCUACAGGUUUAGGGGUGGUCAAGUUGGAGCCGGACGAGAAGUUCGUGAAUGUCAUGUUUGAAAGCAGCCAGAUCACUGAAUCAAUUCCACUGAAGCAACUCGUCCAGGCCGACAAGCUCACGAGUGGAAACCUCGUUGUUUUGGACUCACCAGACACAGGUUGCAUCCAGGGCACCUCCCAAGCGCAGGCUUAUGAACGGGUCCUGACGGAUGAUCCUAACGUGCCAGAGCAACAUCAAUGGGUUAGUACGACCUGGUACUACAUGGGACAAGAUUUCGGAACCAAUCUUCGGGCGGGAAUGUGUGCGGGCGCAAUCUGGACUGAGGAGGGCGAUGUCGGUUUCUUUCGAUAUGCCCCUGAAGGUGGGAUGAUGAGAGACUGGUGUGUCGCCACUGCAGCCGAUGAGCUUAUCAACAGAGGCUUUACUCUUGUUGAUACAUCGGGCUGA